CUUUACCAUGCGGCCAUGCCCGGCACGGCGGCGGCGCCCCCUUUCCCCUUCCCGCGCCGGCGCGCUGUGUUUCCUCCCCCAAACGGGCCCAAAACCCCGCAUAAACCCUUCCCUCUCCUCUCCCCCCCUUCCCCUCCCAUGCUCCACACCACCGCCGCUAUGCUCCACGCGACCUCCCCCCUCCGCUCCCUCCUCCGCAUCCAUCUCCAGCGCAUCCGCCCACCGAACCCUCGCCUCGCCCGCCUCCGCCUCCUCUCUUCCUCGUCACCGUCCGGCGGCGACGGAUGGGCCACCCACGACCCGCUCGCCGACGGCCUCUUCCCAUCGGCGGUGUCCUCUUCCGCGGCCGCUUCCGACCCCGACACCCCCGGGGAGCACUCCGACGCCCGUGGCGUGUUCGACCCCGUCUCCGGCCGCAUCGUCAUGACGCAGCAGGCGCAGCCGCAGCAGCCGUCCCGUCCUCCUUCGUCGUGCUCCGGCGGGCAGAAGGGGAAGGGGAGGCCGAGCGGCGGGAAGGGCGAGGGCAGGUGGGCGGCGGUGGCCGCAGCGAGGAGGUCCGGGGGCAAGGCGGCCGGCAAAGCGAGGACCUCGUACGUCUGCAGCCACUGCGGGGACGGGUUCUCGCAGUGGUGGGGCACGUGCCGCAGCUGCGAGGCGGUGGGGACCCUCACGAAGUACGUCGUGGAGCCUGACUCCGCCAACCCCGAGGGGUCGCACCACGCGGGCCGGUCGUGGAUUCCGCAGAAGAGCAAGGAGAUGGUGCCCCAGAGCCUCGGGGACGUGACCAAGGGGUUUGACCAGGCGGAGUGGCGCAUUCCGCUGCCGGGGAACUUUGGAAAUGAAAUUGCUCGGGUGCUCGGGGGUGGCAUUGUUCCUGGUUCUUUGGUUUUAGUAGGUGGGGAUCCAGGUGUUGGCAAAAGUUCAUUGAUGUUACAGCUUGCUUCUAUUGUAUCUGAUGGUUCUGAGGACCAGGGGUCUUCUCCUGUUGUAUAUGUGUCCGGUGAGGAGAGCAUUGAGCAAAUUGCAAAUAGAGCUGAUCGCAUGAGUAUCAGGUCUAGAAAUUUGUACCUAUACUCUAGUACGGAUAUUGAGGAUAUAUUGGACAAAAUCCAGCCAUUAUCUCCAAGAGCUCUCAUUGUUGAUUCAAUUCAGACAGUUUAUAUUAAAGCAUUUGCUGGAAGUGCUGGGAAUCAUAUGCAGGUCAAGGAAUGCACAUCUGCCUUGUUAAGUUUUGCAAAACUGACGAAUAUCCCUGUUUUCUUGAUUGGGCAUGUCACAAAAACUGGUGAUAUUGCUGGCCCACGUAUUCUAGAACACAUAGUGGAUGUUGUUUUAUAUAUGGAGGGGGAGAGAUGCUUAUCUCAUUGACUGUUACGGUCCGUGAAGAAUCGUUUCGGUUCAACAGACGAGCUUGGUGUAUUUCAAAUGUCAGAAUAUGGUCUGGAAGCUGUUUUGAAUCCCAGCGAGAUGUUCCUAACUGAACAUGAUUCAGAUUCUGAAAUACUAGCUGGGCUCGCCGUAGCUGUUGCUUUGGAUGGAUCCAGGUCCUUUGCUGUUGAAGUUCAGGCGUUAUGUGUUUCUGGUUCUCGCACUCGAGGUCAAGUUGUUGGCAUACCAUCAAGCAGGGCUGAUGUGAUAAUAUCAAUUCUUAUGAAGCAAGCAGGUCUAAAACUUCAGGACAGUGUUAUUUUUCUCAAUGUGGUUAGUGGCUUCAAUCUGACAGAAACUGCAGGAGAUCUGGCCAUAGCAGCUUCAAUUUGCAGCAGUUUCUUGGAAUUUCCUAUCCCAAAUGAUAUUGCAUUUAUUGGAGAGAUCGGCCUUGGUGGUGAACUUAGAACUGUGCCAAGAAUGGAUAAGCGCGUGAUAGCUAUCGCGAAGUUGGGCUACAGGAACUGUGUUGUUCCCAAGGCUUCAGAGAACCUGCUCAAACCGCUCAAUCUUGAUAUCAAGAUCUUGCCCUGCAGCAAUCUGAAGGAGUUCAUAAACACUGUGUUUAGGCCAGAAGGAUGAUGUUACAUCCUGCUCAGAGUGCUCUGCUUAGUGCUUACAAUUUGCUGACUGACUGCAUGUGUAGGUUUUUAGCGUGCCUAGGUCCAUUGUUAAUAACGUGCCUAGGUCCAUUGUUAAUAACUUGGAUGGUUGGGUUGAUGUGCGAUUUGACGCAUCCAUUUUUCAUCACCCCGGACAUUUUUGUCAUUUUAGCUUCUUAUAUUGCAAGUCAUGCCUGUUUUCA